UCAAACUUGGAGUUGUGUUUGUUCUUAGUUGCUUUGUGUCAGUCGGAUUCGGAGGACUCUGGGUUUGAAGUUUCCGAAGAAGAGAGCGAAACAGAGGAAGUGUUUGGUUUGGAGCUUACCUCAGCUCCUGGAAUCGAAACCCUCUGCGUUUUCCCCAAAAACAGAGCAAAAAUAAUUAAAGCUGGAACUGAGACUGAGGUGCUCGUUGGAAUAAAAAAUGAUGGUCAAUCCAAUAUAGACAUCGUUGCGGUUAAAGGCAGUUUACAUCUUCCUUUCGAUCAAAAGCCUCUUGUUCAGAAUCUCACCGCUCUGGUAAUUAUUUAACGAGUCUUGCCUCUGUGUCACGUGUGUUAUACAGCAAUACAUUGUUACUUGCUGUUUCAAUAUUGCAAGAAAGUUGGUGAUGAUUGUUUUCAUUAGUUUUUAGUUUUAACUUUUGAUUUUUAGAUUUUGAUUUUAAUAUAUUCUGAGUUCUUUUAAAAAAUAAUAAUCAAUACAUUGUUUUGAAUAAUAAGAUAAAUAGCAAUAAAAUGUAUAAAAAUU